AUGUCAUCUUCCAUAUUGCAUCAGUGUCCCCAGUGCGGGCAUGUCUCUGACAUCUCUCAUGCCCUAGCAGCCUUCAUCGAGAACCCCCACUGUACACAGUGCGGUUUGUCUGCAUCGGAAAGCAACCAGAAAAUGCAAGAUGAACUGGCUGCAUUGUUUGAUAGGCAAAUGAGCAUGACAUCCUUCCAUCCAGUCCAAACUUCUGUCGGUUCAGGGUCCGAGAAUUCGAACAUUUCUCAAGGUCUAUUGCAACAGGGACACCAAGCCCCCAAUUACUCCAGCAUGGACGUUCUAAGAUAUCACGGGCUGGACCCAAGCAGCCUGACCCCCGACCAGUUAGGGUUGUUCGAGAACGCCGGCGCAGAACAAAGAGAGAGGUUGAUCCAAACAUGGCAACUAUACUCUCAAAUUGGGGCCCCCGACUCGACCAUGACGGAUUCUUCCAUGGACGAGGAAACCACGCCCGCCGAACCGUACAUGAUUUCCGGCUACGAGGCCAGCAGUUCUCUUCCAAAUGAGCCUACUACCGGACAGCCAUAUGCUGGUUCUAAAGACCCCGUGUACCAAAGCCAAGAAUGGUGGGAAAUGACUAAAGCCGGCCCCAUGGAAUCAAGCUAUGGGGCAUUUGAAGAGAUGAGACGAUACUACCCCAGCUGUGGUGUAUAUCGGUGUUAG